UUUUGUUGCCUUAUUGCUCAUUGAGAAGUUGCAGGUGAGCUUCUGCCUUGGACUGCUGCAGUCUCACUUACUGCAGGGACAUGAACAGCGCUGUUAGGAAGGCAGCAUGAGGAAUUUAACCUAAUGACGGAGGGACUGCGGACUUUAUGUGUGGCUUACAAAGUCCUCACCAGUGAAGAAUAUGAUAAUGUUCACACACUCCUUCAGAAUGCAAAACUAGCCCUCCAGGAACGUGACAGGAAGCUUGCUGAAGUUUAUGAUCUGAUUGAAAACGACCUUGAUUUACUUGGAGCAACAGCUGUGGAAGACAGAUUGCAAGACAAAGCUGCUGAGACUGUGGAAGCUUUACAGAAAGCUGGAAUGAAGGUCUGGGUUCUUACAGGAGACAAGAUGGAAACAGCUGCAGCCACGUGCUAUGCCUGCAAACUUUUCAGAAGAAGUACACAGUUGUUUGAGCUGACGACUAAACGAAUAGAAGAGCAGAGUUUACAUGAUGUGCUUUUUGAUUUGAACAGGACAAUUAUCAGACAAAGUGGUAGUUUGCCAAGAGACACUUAUUCAGGAUUUUCCCAGCAUGAUUUUCAUGAUUAUGGUUUGAUCAUUGAUGGGACCACACUCUCACUCAUCAUGAAACCUGCUGAAAAUGGUUCUUCAAGUAAUUACAAAGAUCUGUUUCUGGAAAUAUGUCGCAACUGUAGUGGAGUCUUGUGCUGCAGAAUGGCACCUUUACAGAAAGCGCAGAUUGUUAAAUUAAUCAAAUCUUCAAAAGAACAUCCCAUAACCUUGGCAAUUGGUGAUGGGGCGAAUGAUGUCAGUAUGAUUCUGGAAGCCCAUGUUGGAAUCGGUAUUUUGGGGAAGGAAGGCCGUCAAGCUGCUCGAAACAGUGAUUAUUGUAUUCCCAAGUUUAAACAUCUGAAGAAGUUGCUGCUUGUCCAUGGUCACUAUUAUUACAUAAGGAUCGCCCAACUUGUCCAAUAUUUCUUCUAUAAGAACGUUUGCUUCAUAUUCCCUCAGUUUUUGUACCAGUUCUUUUGUGGAUUUUCUCAACAGCCAUUGUAUGACACUGCAUACCUUACAUUGUACAACAUCAGCUUCACCUCUCUUCCCAUCCUGUUGUAUAGCCUCAUGGAACAACACAUCAGCAUUGAUGCGCUGAGAAGAAACCCAUCAUUGUAUAGGGAUGUUGCCAAAAAUUCCUUAUUGUGUUGGAAAUCAUUCAUUUACUGGACUUUCCUGGGAGUAUUUGAUGCUGUGGUGUUUUUCUUUGGUGCUUACUUUAUAUUUGAUAAUUCGACCAUGACCAGCAAUGGGCAGAUGUUUGGAAAUUGGACAUUUGGGACCUUAAUUUUCACUGUUCUGGUAUUUACAGUAACUCUUAAGGUAUGUUUGUUUUUGAACGCUUGCUAUGAGCCUGCAAACUAA